AUGGCCAGUUCACAGGGACUGCUGACCUUCAGGGAUGUGGCUGUAGAAUUCUCUCAGGAGGAGUAGGGAUGCCUGAACCAGAGUCAGUGAGAACUGUACAGGGAUGUGAUGUUAGAGACCUAUGGACACCUCCUCUUCUUGGGUCUUGUGUCAAAGCCAGAUCUGGUCAUCUUUUUGGAACAAAAGAGGGAGCUCUGGGAUGUCAAGAGAGAGGAGACAGUAGCUACACACCCAGGUAGGUGGGAAUGAAGCCGAUGACAGAGGUGAGGUGCCGUUGUCCAGGAGGAACAUAGACAUGAAAAUGUGGUUUGAGCAGCCCUCCUUGAAUGGAAAUUAGUUUGAGAAACCUAGUUUUAUGUAUCUUCCUCUCACAGUGGACUUCUCCUU